AUGAAAAGACAAGUUGACACCCACUGCGUUAUUUCGUAUAAAUACCAUCUUCUACCAUCUGGGCGGUCAAACUGUGGUUUUAGUAGCAGCUGCCAAUUUCUACCUUCCCCUCAUUCCCAAAAUGAUGAGGACUUUGGCUCUAAUUCUGGGAAUGGUUGCGUUGAUGGAAUCAAGCGAGGAAAUAGACACAAACACCACUGUGGCCCUUACAACAACAGGAGCUCCUACUACCAUAGCAACGGGAGCUCCUACUACCAUGACAACUGGAACUCCAACUACCAUGACAACGGGAGCUCCAACUACCAUGACAACAGGAGCUCCAACUACCAUGAAAACGGGAGCUCCAACUACCAUGACAACGGGAGCUCCAACUACCAUGACAACAACAGCUCCAACUACCUUGACAACGGCUGCUCCAACUACCAUGACAAUAAGUGCUUCAGCUACCAUCACAACGGGAGCUUCAACUACCCUGACAACGGGAACUCCAACUACCAUGACAACGGGAGCUCCAACUACCAUGACAACAGCUCCAACUACCAUGACAACGGGAGCUCCAACUACUAUGAAAACAGGAGCUCAAACUACCAUGACAACGGGAGGUCCAACUACCAUGAAAACGGGAGCUCCAACUACCAUGACAACGGGAGCUCCAACUACCAUGAAAACGGGAGCUCAAACUACCAUGACACCGGGAGCUCCAACUACUAUGAAAACGGGAGCUCCAACUACCAUGACAACAGGAGCUCCAACUACUAUGAAAACGGGAGCUCAAACUACCGUACUGCUGAACUCUGGUGGUCAAACGGUCCGAGUGUUUCUUCUGAGCUCUGUGCUGCCACUGGUGCUGACCAAAUUCUGCCUUUAAGAGAAAUAGCGCCCCCCUGUGGCCAAAUGGAAAGUGACGCAUGUGUUAUAUUGAAUGUUCUGAGAGACUGAUUAUGGCGUUCCCAGUUGAAAAUAAACAUUUGUGUCAAGGAGUUACUUAGCACACUUUAGCACAUCAAUCUGGGCCAUUGAGUCUGUCACUAUUAAUGUCACCUCACAAGUUGAACACAUAAAGGGAACACUACAAGUUUGAGCUAACCAAUAAGUUAAAAUUAUGGAAUAUGUAAACAUAUGCAGACCUUAAUCGCAAUACACGUAGCAUAACAUAUAUAGAUUGUAACAGUAGCGAUGCUUCCCCUAUGUAUGAUUUCUUAGCUCAGCUUGCCUCUCACAUUUUCAAGGAAUGCAGACUUAUGCAGGUUAUGAUACCAAAUCAAGCCCACACUUGAUACUGACGUCGGGGGAAUAUAAUUAAUUCUAUGUUCUUAAAUGUUUUCUGUAUUUAAUUCUAGUUCUGUUUUCAUUGCUAUCCAAUAGCUUUGUUUGAUUGUAUGCUUCUUUGUCAAAAUAAAGUAUUGAAAAACAGUAAUAGUCUUA